AUGGAGAAAGAAAUGUUGGAUAUAGAGAUUCAAACUGCUACUGAAGCUCCAGCUAUCUUCAAGGAAGCCAUUCGACCCGUCACAUUGAAGUUUGAAGACGUGGUUUACAAGAUCAAACAGAAUAAUAGUACCAAUAACGAAGAGAAAGUGAUCUUAAACGGUGUCUCAGGCCUCGUUCAACCGGGGGAAAUCCUCGCCAUGCUCGGUCCCUCCGGGAGUGGCAAAACGACUCUCAUAACCGCACUCGGAGGCCGGCUAGGCGGUCGACUCAGUGGCGCCAUAACCUACAACAAAAAAUCAUUCUCAAACGCAAUGAAAAGAAACACGGGCUUUGUAACCCAAGACGACUUUCUCUACCCCCACUUGACGGUCACCGAAACCCUAUUCUACACAGCCCUUCUUCGCUUGCCCAACACGCUAUCGAAAGCCAAGAAGACUAUGCAAGCUGAGGCCGUGAUUAUACAACUGGAGUUAACCAAGUGCAAGAACAGCGUUGUUGGGGGUGAGUUCUUGAGGGGUGUUUCGGGUGGGGAGAGAAGAAGGGUUAGCAUAGGCCAAGAAUUACUCAUAAACCCUAGCUUGCUCUUCUUGGAUGAGCCCACGUCGGGACUCGAUUCGACGACGGCGCAGCAGAUUGUGUCAGCAUUGUGGGAUUUGGCAAGUGGAGGAAGAACAAUUGUGAUGACCAUACAUCAACCUUCAAGUAGGAUUUUCUACAUGUUUCAUAAGGUGGUGUUGUUAUCGGAAGGGAAUUGUUUAUAUUUCGGAAAAGUAUCGGAGGUCAUGGACUAUUUUUCGGGCAUUGGCUAUAUACCAUUGGUAGCUAUGAAUCCUGCGGAUUUUCUAUUGGACCUUGCCAAUGGUCUGGCACCUGAUGGAUCGCAUGAAAACAAGAGCAAGGUGAAGCAGAGCCUAACCUUGGCCUAUAAGCACAACCGUUUAUAUAAUUUGAAAGCUCAACUUCAAGGGGAGCAACUUCAAGAAACUAACUCCAGCCAUUUUCAAGAUGGAUCAGAAGACAAGAACUUUGCGAAAUGGCCCACUACUUGGUGGCAGCAAUUCUCUGUGUUGCUUAGGAGAGGACUGAAAGAGAGGAGGCACGAGUCCUUCUCUGGUAGCCAGAUUAACCAGGUUGUAGCGGUGGCUCUUCUUGCUGGGCUACUAUGGUGGCAGUCAAAUAUUUCCCACUUGCAGGAUCGGACUGGGCUUCUCUUCUUUAUGUCUGAAUUUUGGGGGUUUUUCCCUCUGCUCCAAGCAAUUUUCACCUUCCCCCAAGAGCGCAAGAUGCUUGAAAAGGAAAGAUCUUCAGGCACAUACAUGCUCUCCUCGUAUUUCAUAUCAAGGAUUGUUGCUGAUCUCCCCAUGGAGCUUGCCCUUCCAACCCUAUUUGUCACCAUAACAUAUUGGAUGGCAGGGCUCAAACCCACAGCAGGACACUUUUUCCACACCUUGCUUGUUCUGCUACUCAGUGUGUUAGUGGCUCAAGGCAUGGGGCUUGCUCUUGGGGCUCUGAUAAUGGACCAAAAAAAGGCCGCAGUACUUGCAUCAGUCCUCAUGGUGUCAUUUCAGCUAGCUGGAGGUUUUUUUGUUCAACAUGUUCCUGCUUUCAUUGCUUGGAUCAAAUACAUUUCCAUCAUUAACUACUCAUACAAGCUCUUGCUGGGGUCUCAAUACAAUGAAAAUGACACUUACCUAUGUGAUAGUGGGGUUUGCUUGGUUAGAGAUUUCCCAAGUAUAAAACAUGUUGGGCUUAGUGGACAAAUAGGUGCAGCGGUUGCUUUGGCCAUAAUGCUUGUGGGUUGGAGGCUAAUUGCUUAUUUAGCUCUCAUGAGGACUGGGUUGUAG